GUUGGAACACUUCCCCCCCAGCCUUGUUCUCCGGAACAUGUCUGGAAUCCUGGGGAAAAUGCGGAAGUUGGGGAGCUCCGACCAGGAGGAUUCGGAAUCGAUGGAUGACCACUUGGAAGGCGAGGAGUCGGGGGCUUGCACACCCGGCAGCAACAGGUCGACCAAGCACAGCAUCUUCGCCAAGCGGGCGCGGUUUGGGAUUGGGGACGGAGACAAGGACACAGCUCCCAUGGAUUCCUUCUACCAGAUGGACAACAUGGUGUCCAGCCCCAUCCUGAAGUUCAGCCUCAGCUUGGAGCGAGGGAGGUGUGGCAACCACUCUCCAAAACUUCUCCAUCGCGGGGCUCGCCGAGGAGCCUCCAUGGGCGUGCGCCCCGAGAAAUCGUUCAGGAUCUACGACCGAAGGAGGCUCUUUGACGCGGUGGCCCAGGGGGAUCCGAGCGAGCUGGACGACCUGCUCACCUACCUCCUGGAGACCCUGAAAAACCUGACGGAUGAGGAGUUCAAAGAACCAGAUACUGGGAAGACAUGCUUGCUGAAAGCCAUGCUGAACCUCCACAAUGGCCGGAAUGACACCAUCCCUCUCCUGCUGGAGAUUGCAGAGAAGACGGACAACCUGAAGGAGUUUGUGAAUGCCGAGUACACAGACAGCUACUACAAGGGCCAAACCGCGCUGCACAUUGCCAUCGAGAGACGAAACAUGUACCUUGUGGACCUCCUGGUCAGGAACGGCGCCGACGUCCACGCGAAAGCCCAUGGGGAGUUCUUCCAGAAAAUCAGCGGCAGACCCGGGUUUUAUUUUGGUGAGCUGCCUCUCUCUUUGGCUGCCUGCACAAACCAGCUCAACAUCGUGAAGUACCUUCUCGAUAACCCCUACCACCCAGCCAACAUUGCCGCCCAGGAUUCCAUAGGCAACACCGUCCUCCACGCUUUGGUGGAGAUCGCCGACAACACGGAGGACAACACCAAGUUUGUCACCAAGAUGUACAACGACAUCCUCAUCCUGGGAGCCAGGCUCAACCCCACCCUCAAGCUAGAAGACAUCGCCAACCGAAGGGGGCUGACACCGCUGACCCUGGCAGCCAAGACUGGGAAAAUCCAGGUCUUUGCGUACAUCCUCAGACGGGAGAUCAAGGAGCCGGAGUGUCGCCACCUGUCCCGGAAGUUCACGGAAUGGGCUUAUGGGCCUGUUCACUCAUCACUCUACGACCUGUCCAGCAUCGACACCUGCGAGAAGAACUCGGUCCUGGAGAUCAUCGCUUACAGCAGUGAGACGCCGAACCGGCACGAGAUGCUGUUGGUGGAGCCUCUCAACCAGCUCCUGCAGGACAAGUGGGACCGAUUCGUCAAGCACCUCUUCUACUUCAACUUCUUCAUUUACGCUGCCCACAUCGUCAUCCUCACCGUCGCCGCCUAUUACAGGCCAACGAAAAAGCACGGGGAGCCCCCGUUCGCCUUUAAUUACACGACCAACGAGUAUUUCCGAGUCACCGGGGAGAUCCUGAGUGUGUUGGGGGGUGCCUAUUUCUUCUUCAGAGGGAUCAAGUAUUUUAAGCAGAGACAGCCAUCCCUGAAAGCAAUCUUUACGAACAGCUACAGUGAACUUCUCUUCUUCAUCCACUCUGUCCUGAUCCUGGGCUCAGCGAUCCUGUACUUCAGCAAGCAAGAACUCUACGUCAUCCUCAUGGUCUUCGCCUUGGCCCUGGGCUGGACUAACCUGCUGUAUUACACUCGUGGCUUCCAGCAGAUGGGGAUUUACUCAGUCAUGCUGGAGAAGAUGAUGCUGAGAGACCUGUGUCGUUUCAUCGUGGUCUACCUCCUUUUCCAUUUGGGCUUUUCGACAGCUGUCGUGACCCUCAUUGAGGACGACGAUGAGCUGUUGGCACAGAACCAAACUCACAGUACCUGUCAAGCAAAGUGCCGCCCCUCCUACAACAACUUCUACUCUACCUGCCUAGAACUUUUCAAGUUCACGAUUGGGAUGGGAGAUUUGGAGUUCACAGACAGUUACCACUUCAGGUCAGUCUUCAUCAUCCUGCUGGUGACUUACGUCAUAGUCACGUACAUCCUCCUCCUCAACAUGCUCAUCGCCCUGAUGGGAGAAACGGUCAACAAGAUUUCUCAGGAGAGCAAAAGCAUUUGGAAGCUUCAGAGAGCCAUCACCAUCUUGAACAUCGAGAACAGCUAUUGGAACUGCAUUGUCAACUCCUUCCGAUCUGGGAAACAAGUUUUGGUGGGGACUACUCCGGACGGGAAAAACGAUUACCGUUGGUGCUUUAGGGUGGAUGAGGUGAACUGGUCCACAUGGAACACCAAUCUGGGCAUCAUCAACGAAGACCCUGGUGGAUACAGCGAGGAGCUGAAACGGAACCUGAGCUUUUCUUUCAAAUAUGGGAGAGUUUCAGGGAAAAACUGGAAGACUUUGGUCCCGAUCCGGAGAGAUGGAAAACGAGAAGGGUCGCUCAAGCCCAUUUCGGAAGACGGCGCGGAUUCAGAAGAGCAAGGCCCCCGGAAGAAGUCUCUCCCCAAGUUUGUCCACUUUUUUUGGUCUCUCAUCAUCUUCUGCAAGGUUUUUAAUUCUAGAAGCGACGGCCCAUAAAUGGGUGUGUUGUAGCGAGGAAAUUAGAUGGGGGCAAAAGGUGCCUUUUUAAUCGUUAGAAGGAUGCAAGCAAACAGUGGGCCAAAUACCUUUUCUCCAUGGGGCCUGAUUUCGGGACAACAGGUUGCUGGUUGCUGAAUACAAUACCCCUAAACAUUUUUUUAAAAUUUGCAAGCUGAGUCUCCUAAUAUAUUUAGGGUAGAGAUGGAGAAUCUCCACCAGGGUCCAAAUAUGGCCUCCCAGGCCUCUCCAUCUGAACUUUAAAAAUGAGAAACUGGGAGAAACUGAAGAUUUGUGCCCCACCUCCCUGGCAAGGAUCCUUCUCUGCGUGAGACCCUAGAGUCAUAGAACUGUAGAGUUGGGAGGGACCCCAAGGGGUCAUCUAGUCCAACCCCCCGCAGUGCAGGAACCUUGGAGGGCUGCUGCCAGCCAGUGUAGGCAAUACUGAGUUAAGGUGGAUGAAUCUAUCGGUUGUGGUUUAUCUUUGUUUCUCGUUUUUCCCGUCUUGAGUUCAAUUAAGCUCCCUGUGUUCAGGUGGAUGUAAAUGGCACAUUAAAAUUUAUACUUAUUUUGAUCCUGGGUGGGGGCAGAGGGUAUGGGGGGGGGCCCUUAAAAUUAUUCUAACUGUACACUUCUGUUUGUUUCAUUUACAGCCCUGUCUUAUGAUUUGGGGAAGCUGCUGAAUCAGUGGAAGAAUCUCUCCCCAAACCUUCUGUUAUGUUGUGGCAAAAAGUGUGUGUGUGUGUGUGUGUGUGUGUGUGUGUGAGAGAGAGAGAGAGAGAGAGAGAGAGAGAGAGAAAGAGAGAGAGAGAGAGAGAGUUGUUAAACAAGCAUCCAACAAGCCUCUCUUAUUGUGUGCCAUGAGCAUUGGCUUUUGGGGGUAGACUGCCUCUGAAAAUGGAGGCUUGUCUGAUCAAUUAUGUCUAAUCACAGAAUUUUUGCUGGGGAAGAACGUGUUGCAUAUUUAAGUGCUUCCCCCACAUAAGAAGAGCCCUGAUGGAUCAGACCAAAGGCCCAUCUAGUCCAACAACCUGUUUCCUACAGUGCUCACCCAGCUUCCUCUAGGGCAAUCUGCAAGCGGCACAUGAAGGCAUCAGAUCUUGUUCCCCAGCAACAAAUAUUCAGGGGCAGACUGCCUCUGAAGAAGGAGGUUACACAUAACCACCCUGGCCAGUAGCUUAUCCUCCAUGAUGUAAUCCAAUUCAAUACAUUUCAGCAAUGAUAUUAUUAUUAACUUUAU